UAAACGUGGGCAAAGGAUCGAAUUCAGUAGAGUCCAAGUCUCGGGACAGAGGAGUUGUGGGAAUGGGAAAAGGUCAAGAAGUUAAGACAAGAACAGAUCCUCAAGUUGAGAUUCAGGAAAGAGGAGAGAUAUUCUUCUUCUACAGGCCAAAGGUCAACAAAGAAGAUCCCCACAGUGUGGACGAUGUACAAAGGUUGUACCUCGUCAUGCGUCCUGAAUCCGGCGAGUCUCCCGUCGAGGAGAAACAACACCAUCUCUCCGGCAAAGAAGGCUCCAAACCAGAUUCCAGCUCCUCCGCCGCCCGCGAAGGUAGCUCCUCCUCCUCCUCCGGCGGCGACGGAGGACACGGCGUCGAGAAAGUGAACAUCGAGGAACAGCAUCUGUUACGAUUCAUAGUGAUGGGCAAGAAACGCCUUCCAGAUCCGAGAAAGAGAUCUCAGCCAUUCUGGGGAUUCGUUGAACUGGUUACCACCCACGUCGACGAUGUCAAAACCGCCCUUAGAGGAGAGGAAUACGUAACGGCGACCAGAGGACACAGACACAAGCCACCGGCAAGAGCGGUCGGAGAAGGAAUAUACAGAAUUCUCCGGCACAAACCGAAACCCACGAGGAAGCACCACACCCAUCUGGUCUACAAGCUCGAGUUCCCGUCCGAAUCUCACGAGCCACAAGAAUCGUUCAACAUCGAACCCGAGGGUUCGUUCUUAAUCCAGAUCAAGAACCCAGAGCAACAGGGAGGAAGAGAAGGGUACGGGCUUAGUGGGCCGCAGAGGAAACACAAGGCCCAGUUCCCGGCCCAUCUUCAGGCCCAUUUAGGACAGACCCGAUUUAGUCCCAGUGACCCGCCCGAUUUCCUGAACUACGAAGGGUGCGAGUUUUUGCUGAUAUCGGCCUCGGACGAUAUAGAGGAAGAGCUCGGAAUGGAGUUGGAGCCUGACGAGUCGUCCUGCGACCUCGUCGAGACUUUCGGGGACGAUAUCGAUACUACCCCGCUUCUUCGCGGGACUUGGGGCUAAUGAUAUCGCUCUAAUGUUCGAGUUCAGGUUCGGGUUUUCCGAAUCUCGAAAAGUUAUGAAUAUGAACAUAGAAAUAGACUUGAAAAAUUAUGUUGUAGCACGUAAAUGAUGUUUUGAUGUGUUAGUCCAGGAUACCACUAACAAUUUGAUUAAUAAUCGAAUAACUUUUUAAAUAAAAAAAAAUCGAAUUCGAAUUA